AUGGAUAGUUACAUGAAGAAAUUGUUUGUGUCAGCUAUUAUUGGUGUUGUUGGUGCAAUUGUUGGUACAAUAGCACUAAAGAACUACCGAAUUUCACAUCGUUUAUAUACUGAUGAUGAAUAUACUAUCGGUUUAAGAGAAGCAAUUGGACAAAAUAUAAACGCACAGGGUUUAUAUUCUUAUGAGACAGUUGAGCCAGAUCCUGGUGUCAGUGUUCCUGCACAGGUACAUGGUUAUCAACAAACCGGAAGCCAAGAACGAGGCGAUGAUGAAGAGGAACCGGGUCCGGACGAAGAACUACACAAAAAAAGAUUUAUGUUCAAAAAUAAAAAAAAAACUCAAGAUAUUGAUGCACCAUCAACAAUAACUGUCUAA